AUGUCGGAAAACAAGCAGUCCGGACCUUCUGAUGAUGGCCAAAGCCCGAACAGCGACGGCCUGACCUUGACAUCCAUCUUGGACGAUACCCAGAGGGCCGACCUAACCCUUCUUGUCGCCAGCCUCACCGAGUCAAUGCGCCGAUUAGUCCUGGAUAAUUUUGAUUCUGCUGCGGGUCUCAAUAAAACUCUGCUUCGACAAGGCAUGACUGAGGACGAGAAAAUCAUGGCGUCAGAUCCUUCCACCGCUGAUGUUGGCUUGUAUGAACGAGAACGCAAACUCAAAGAAGAGAGCGACAAAAACCUUGCCACACUCAAGAUGAAGAACCUGAAGAAGAACGCCCUUAAGUCGUAUGACGAAUGGCGACAGGAGGUCAUCCAACGUGUAGGCCAGGUUGUCAACAGCGAGCGCACAGCCCGAUCUCAGGUCCACAAAUCCUCAGGCAAGGUUGAUGUACCGAAACCACAAGCCCCCUCGACCACAAUUGCCCAAGUUCUCAAUGUCUCCAACAAAACCGUCAAUCUGAAAUUCAGAGAUCUCUUCCCUCCGACCAAGACACCCUUGACCAAGAUGGCGAUGAACCAACGGACCCUGAUUCUCCAUUCACUCUUAUUACUUCUCCUGUCUCUCGAACACUACAACGCGUAUUCACGCAUUUUGAUGCUCAACCUCACAUCUUCCCUCAAAUUGCCUCUCAAGACAUUCGAGCAAGACGAAUACACCACCGCCAAAGGUCUUCUCGAAGCCGUCAAGGAGUUGUCUGCCGACGCCGAAACUAAAAGGAAAGCCGAACAGAACAGAGAGUCUAGGAAGUGGAAGGUCUCCCUCGCCACUGCCGCUGGCGCUGCCAUUAUCGGCGUCACUGGCGGAUAUGCCGCCCCGCUGGUUUCCGCUGGGGUAGGCUCCGUCAUGGGUGGUCUGGGCCUGGGCGCCACUACAGCAGCUUCCUAUUUAGGUGCUGUGGCAGGUAGCUCACUUCUUGUCGGCGGCAUCUUUGGGGCAUAUGGUGGAAGGAUGACUGGCCAGAUGAUGGACAAUUAUGCACGGGAGGUGGAGGAUUUUCAAUUCCUACCGGUUCACAGCCGAAGCGAUGGCGCAAGAACGAGCGAAGACGACGAAGAGGGCGCCACGCAUGCCAGCGAACAUGACCACAAGCUUCGUGUCACAAUCUGUAUCUCAGGGUGGCUGAGGGAAAAGGAAGAAGUUGUGAAACCGUGGCGCGUCUUGGGCACGGGCGCCGAAGUAUUUGCCCUCAAGUACGAACUAGAGGCGUUGUUGAAUCUGGGCAAUGCCAUGAACGGAAUGGUCGAAUCAGCUGCCUGGGCCUAUGCUCAGAAGCAGCUCAUUUCGAGCACCAUUUUUGCCGACCUUGCUGCUGCAAUGUGGCCCAUCGGCUUGAUGAAAGUGGCUAGGGUGAUCGACAACCCCUUUAGCCUUGCCAAGGGUCGAUCCGAAAAGGCUGGUGAGGUUCUUGCUGAUGCCCUGAUAAAUAGAGCUCAAGGUGAAAGACCAGUCACAUUGAUCGGGUAUUCCCUAGGCGCUAGAGUCAUCUAUAUGUGCCUGAUGAGCCUGGCAAAACGCAAAGCUUUUGGUUUGGUUGAGAACGCGGUCUUGAUAGGUUCACCUACGCCUAGUGAUACGAGUGACUGGAGAAUAUUGCGAAGUGUCGUCGCGGGACGCGUGGUCAACGUUUUUUCCGAAAACGACUAUGUGUUGGGAUUCAUGUAUCGGACCUCUGCUGUGCAAUAUGGCGUGGCCGGCUUGCAAAAGAUUGAAGGUCUUGCAGGUAUCGAAAAUGUGGAUGUUUCUGAGGAUGUCAGUGGUCAUCUGCGCAAUCGAUACUUGAUUGGCAGCAUCCUAAACAAGAUCGGAUUUGAGGACAUCAACUUACAAGCCGUGGAAGAAGAGCGCGCAGAAUUGGUCAAGAUGGAGGCUGAAGAGAAGGAACAAUCGAAGCUCUCGCAGCGUCGGUGGCUCAUUCGUCGCGAGUCUGGUGGCGGAAAGGCUGAUGAAGCCGCCGAGGGAGAGGCAGAGGCAGAGGAGCUUGAAAAGAAGGUACACGAUCAGACAGAGAAAUCUCUCGUCACUAGAGCUAUCGAAUAUUUCUACAUCCCGGGAGUUCCUGAUGCCCAAGAUGUUGAAGGAAAACGAGCAAGGGCCGAAAGCCUAACAGCUACAACUGUUGAGAAAACUGCAAAAGCUGACCAGAAUCCCUCCAAAGGCUACGCCAGUUUGUUGUAUAGCAAGCUUCCGAGCAUGCCACAUGCGAGCAGUUCUUUCUUGUCAGCUCCAACAAAGCAAGCUCGGCCAUCAAGAACAGAUGCCGCCAAAAAGAUCAACAACCCUCCGGUCACAGAGCCUGGUGAUUCAGCGGAACAGAAGCAAAGCUAUGCUCAACAGGCAUCAUCUUACCUCUCAUCUCUCCCGAGUGUUCCAGUACUUGGACGUGGUGCAUCCAAAUCUCCACCAAAAGCGUCGAAACAGAGCUCAAAAGGCACUGUCCAUGAGCAAGUGAGUUCCAAGUCCCAGAAGGUGGUCAGCUCAGCAACCCGGGUGGCCCAAAGUACGGGCUCUGCCUCCACCGCUACUGCCGGUAUGGUCUCUGAUACUGUCACUCCGACAUUUAAAAAUGCAUUGAACCCCAUGGAUAACCCAGCCGUCAAAUCCGCACAAUCAGUCUCAAAAGAUUCACCAGUGAUACAGCACACCAAGGAUAAGAUCCCAAUACCUGUACAGAAACAAACAGAAGGUGUGUCUGAUCUCGUGGGGACCACGACGCAGAAUACAGGCCAAGUUCUACAACAGGGCUCAGAGGACUCGUCUCGCAAGGCCAACGACGUGAGCAAGUCAAUCAUUGACAAGUCUGGUGAGGUGGGCCAAACAGUAGGCGGCAAAGCGAAAGAAACUCCCAAACAAGGUCAGAGCUAUACUUCUCGUGCUGCUUCAUAUCUGCCAACUAUCCCGAGCAUGCCGAGCAUACCAUCUCUCGGCUUUGGUACCAGAGAAGUAAAGGGAGAAGGAGUUGAAAGCAAAGACACCCAGACCACAUCGAAAUCGAUAUCAACUCAACCUGGACCACCCAAAUUGGGAAAACGGACAGAAUCAGGAUCUCAGAAGCCUGACGACAAGGGACAAUCUGCGGCAGUGUCAUCCCCAAAGAAGCUUCCGCGGAUCUCAUCUGGACUCAAAUCACCCACUGUACCCACCAGCCUUGAUAGUCUGGUGAAUGGAGUCAGAAGUCCACCUACAAGUGUACCGACGCCAGAUCUUAUCAAACGUGUCUCAAGGGUGAGUACUGGAAAGAAGCAGUCGAAAGACAGCAAACAAGGUCUGGAACAGGGCAAUGACAAUGGGAAAGGGUUGAAGCGCCGGCCGCCAAAGCUUGGACCUCGCAAGUCCAGUGGUCAGCAAAAUGUACCAAAGGAACCAUCGCCAGUAGAGUUGGGAAGGAAACUGUCAACUUUGGUUGGGCAACAGGACGGGCAUGAUAGUGCAGGCAUAAAGUCGCCGCGUGCUUCGACGUCGACACACUCAGCUGCCGCCAGUAGCAAUGCAACCCCUUCAACACCAGGCUGGAGAGCAGCCACAAAGGCAACCAAGUCCGCAACAUCAACAGUAAAAGAUGGCACGAGCAAGGCAGCCGUUGGUGGCAGGCCCUGA